AUGGCGUUUGCCUACAUCUCGUUAGAAAAAGCUCUAGUCCUUGAAGCUUAUGAAGAAGACAUUUUAGAUGAAAAAGAAACUCUGCUGGCGUUUGAAUUGCUGGAUAAAUCAAAAGACCCAAUAUUGCACAGAAACUACGCCACAUUUGAUUUAAACGAAUUUGACGAAACUGAGUGCGAAGAAAUGUUUAGAUUCUCGAAGGAGGAUAUACCUCGACUUGCAGAAGCCCUCAGAUUGCCAAAUAAAUUCACAGGCUAUCAUGGUACAACAUGUGACAGUAUUGAAGGAUUGUGUUUGCUUUUACGCCGCCUGGCUUAUCCCUGUCACUAUGCAGACCUAAUUACUCUGUUUGGCCGUGCAAAACAAGAUCCAUCAUUAGCAACCUAA